AUGGUCGGUUCAUACAUUGCAGAGGACCGAUGGGCUUCGCAGCAACUGGAGACGCCUUCUGCCUGCGAGGUGAUAUGGCCCUUCAAGGUGUCCAAAACUGUGUUAAGCCCAACCUUUACGUCCCCUGAUGAGUCCCAAGAGAACAUUUGUUUUGGAACCACCGACCUGAUGAAGCAUUUCAAACGUGUCAAGUUAGCUCUCACCAGUCCACCAGUUCUCGCCCUCUUUGACCCAGACCUACCUGUUGUUCUUCAGACGGACGCUUCACGCCUCCACGGCAUUGGAUAUGCCCUCCUGCAGGGACCCCCCCAUGGUUUUAAGGACACCUGCGCUAGGUUUCAGCCUACAGAAUUUUACUCUGAUGACGGAUCAUCGGCCCUCAUACCUAUUCUGAACAGUUAUACGCUGGAUGCCAUCGAGAACUCUCGUCUCCAGCGCCUCAAGGAGAAAUCUCGCACCUACAUCUUUACAGCUGUGUGGCGUGCGGGUAAGUUGCUGUGCAUUCCCGGAUGCAUUGUCUCGCGCCCCAGUCAGCCACCCCACACAGGAGGACGAGAUCUCCGGUGCUUCUUCCGCUGCUCAUCUUCGAACUGUCAUGGCUGUGAAUGCCGUUACGCUUUCAGACGAGUCUCCAGCUCAGGAUCCGACAGGAUACUUCAGGAUCUUCGUGACACAGCGAAAGCAGAUCCUGCGUAUACUCAUCUACUCGAUUGUGUCACAUCAGGAUUUCCUCGCAACAGAUAUGACCUUCACAAUUCCUUACUUCCUUAUUGGAAACUACGUGAAGAUCUCUACGCCGAUGGUGACCUUGUCCUGUAUGGAGCAAGGGUUGUAGUUCCUGCCGCUCUCCGUUGUCGCACCUUGUCCCACUUGCAUGACAGCCACAGAGGUGUGGAAGCAACCAAGCGCAGGGCAAGGCAGUCAGUUUUCUGGCCUGGCAUUGACUCUGAUAUUGCCAACACAGUCAGAGCUUGUGAGGCAUGUCAGACAUUGCAGCCAUCUCAGCCGCAGGAACCUCUAAUGAAUGACGACAACCCGACAAGACCUUUCGAGUCCGUCUCAGCCGACUUCUUUGUGGUUGCAGGGAAGUCUUUCCUCGUCGUAGUCGAUCGCCUGUCAGGAUGGCCUGUUGUCGCACCCUGCCAAGGUGAUACUACCGCUUCCAAUACUAUCAGGAUCUUCUGCCACUAUUUCCGUGAAGUUGGUGUCCCCCUUCGCCUAAGGGACAGAUGGAGGCCGGCCCCCAAUUCACCAGCGCAGAGUUCAAGGAUUUUAUGA